ACCACCACCUCCGCCGCAACAACCGGCCCCUCAAUCACAGCCGCCGCAGCAGCCGCAGCAGCCACCACAAGAGCAAUCACAACCUCCGUCUCAACCAGAAAAGCCGGCCCAGACACCCCUGCUCCAGCAGCCCGUGGCCAUGGAGGUCGAUACAGAGCCUGCAGCCCCAUCGACUUCAGCCAAACCGGCCAAGAAGGAAAAAGGGACCUCGACAGCACCUCCGUCGGCUGCUCCGUCCCCCAAACCAGCACGGACCGCCAAGGACAAAGAGCCCCCUCCUCCGCUGCCGCAAGGUUCGGGGCUGAUCACCGGAGCCCUCUUUGGGGUUGACAACAGCGCGAACUCGGCAGCAUCCAAAUCCGCCCCCAACAUUAUUCUGCAUGUUCCGCUCCGUGGGGAAAGCAACAAAAUCAUCAGCUUUGCCCGCAUGGCGGAGGAGAAAUACGGCUUCGCAGCUCUGCAUCCGAGGAUUGCGGCCCAGAAAGAACGGCUCGCCCGGGUGGCUGCGGCCAGUGCCGCUCUCGAGAAGAACGAAAAGGGCGGCAAGGGCACGUCUGCGGGGGAAAGCGCCGAAGAAGAUCUCAGUGUGGACGUCGAUCGAGACAGCGACGCCGACGGAGAUGUCACCAUGGGCGGCACGGGUGCUGGGGUGAACGGUGCCGGCAACGGUCAGGAUCUGGGCUUGACGGCCGACGGGAAGAAGAAACGGACGCGCAAGAAGAAGAUUGAAGACUACGAUCGCGACGAUCCGUUUGUCGAUGACAGCGAGCUGGCAUGGCAGGAACAUGCCGCCGCCAGUAAGGAUGGCUUCUUCGUCUACAGCGGACCGCUCGUCCCCGAUGGAGAAAAGGUCCAGGUUGAAAGGUUGGUUGCAAAUGUAGUUUUCCUCUUUUUGCACUCUAUUGCUAACGAGACGGUCAGGGCGGAUGGGACGAUCAAACGAGGCCGUGGAAGAGGCCGUGGUUCCGGGCGAGGGCGGACCACUACGCAGCAUCAUGUGCCUAUUGCAUCCAACUCCGAAAUGCCCCUCUCCCCCAAUACCAACCUGCCCGCUCGCGGACCCGGAUCUCGGGGCGGCAGUACGGCUCGCAAAUCACGCGUCAGCAAAGCAGCUCGUCAGCAGGCGGAGCAGGACAAGCAAGACCUGCGCAUGAUCAUCUCGCAUGACGGCCGUGGCGGUCGAGGGGGCUACAGCCGGGGUGGCAGCAGCUCUGGCAGUCGAGGCGGGAAAAGUGCUUCUUCGAGCGCGGCUACGAUGAGCGGGAUGGUGGGUUUGGCUCCUGCUCCUGGACCAAACAUUGCCCCUGCACCUCCGGGGCCGCAUCCGGGGCAAGGAAUCAUCAUGAGAUGA